ACACCAAUAUGUUGAGUGAUUUUGUAUUUAAUAAGUGUCUUUAUUUCUUUGCUUUUUACAUUUCCUGUUUUCCUUGGUUCUCAUUCCCAGGUAACGUUGACCUGCCCGACAGUAAGUGCGGCAAUGAGCCAUUGUGACACCAUAGAAGAAUGGACUGAACUUAUUCUUGUUAUAGCAUUCAUCCGAUUUCUCCUGGAUCUGCAAUCAAAUGUGUUUUUCAGUGGCCGGGUUAACAACAUCACUCCGCAACUUCAACAUGCCUACCUAACUGAUAAUAACAACAUCCUCUUUUCGGCGUUGACAUCCGAACUCGUUCUAGCCUCAAUGCCUGUUUUUAAUGCGGACGACCACCCAUGGAUACAUACUGUAUUGCUCAUUAUCUGUUUAGGAAGCUCAUCCUGGUACUUCGCCAUAGUCAUCAAACUCUAUGAAUUCGGCGUACCGGAAUCGCCUCAGAUGGCCACUAGGUUGCACUAUGUGCACUUAUUUGGGGCAGUAGUUAGUGCACUCCUGAUGAUUUCAGGCGCUGCUAAAGAGGCAUACGACUUGCUAGCCGACGACACCCCGUCAUCAAGGUGGAUUCUCAGUGAACUCCACACCUUCUUCGUGAGCUGUCAGUUGCUCCUCCUAGGAACUUACGCCGUAUUCCAGGUGGCUAGCUGUGCGCAGAGGUACACAGCUUUGGUGUAGCCAUGAAUAACCUUCCCCCAAGAAAUCACCUGCUGCAAGCUCCCUCACGGGAGGCCUGGGACUCCAUACUAAAAUCUACUAACCUUCAAAUACAAGCAAGGCUGACGGACUGCCACCCAAGCCCCCUCCGCCUGAUAUCGGCAACCACCUCUCAUUCCUUUCUCUUCAAUAAAGUUUAUUUCUUCCUCCUCCAGAGAGGAGCCCGGUUUC